ACCGACCGACUUCAUCAUCAUCCGUUUGUGCGGCAAAGACUCGGGCCCAACACCGUGGGGCGAGUCACGUCCGCGCACGCAGAAAAGCACCUGACCGGCGGCGACCGCGGCCGCGGGGCUGCUCUCCCGAGCGCAGCACCGUUGAUGGCGCAGGGAGAGGCCGACGCGCCGGGCGGCGGCGCGCCCGGCGGCGGCGCGCCCGGCACCAUCGGAGGGACGGUGAAGCUCAAGGACCUGGUCCCGGCGGCGACCAACACGGUGAACACGACGUUCAUCGUGCUGGACAAGGCGGCGCCGACGGCCCGUCCGCCCUACCCCCACGCCCAGGCCCAGGCCCGCGGCGGCGAGGAGGUGACGUGCCUGGCGCUGGUGGCGGACGAGACCGCGGCGGCGCACUUCCUGCUGUGGGGCGGCGAGUGCGGCGCCUUCGAGCCGGGCGACAUCGUGCGGCUCACGGGCGGCAUCUUCUCGUACCACAGGGGCAACGCGCUCGUGCUGCGCGCGGGCCGGCGCGGCCGCGCUGAGAAGGUGGGCGAGUUCACCAUGCUCUUCGUGGAGACGCCCAACAUGAGCGAGAUCCAGUGGGGGCGGGACCCCGACGACCCCAGGAGGAUGGUGCAGGAGGCCGUCGUCUCGCCCUACUCCCAGGUCUUCAAGCCGCUGCGAUGAGCUUGCUUCCCGUUGCGUUGCAGCUCGUUGCCUUGCCGUUCUUGCUAUAGUGUGACUGUGUGACAUCUUAAUUUCAACCUUUUGUGCGUGCGCGCCUGAACUUCUGUAACAUAGAGGAAUGUUUAUGAACCUGCGAUCAAGAAGCAUGAAAAGGAAACGCUUAAGCUGUGUUUGUCUGAAAGGCAUAUCGAUCAGCUGUCAGCAGCAAAUGUCUGUCAAAAUUACAAGAUUA